UCUUCUUGAGGAAUCCUGAAGUGGAAUCACAACUUACACACAAUUGAAUUAUACUUAACAAAACCAGAAAAAGAAAAAAAAAGUUAUAGCAAUAGCUCCAUCACCUUCUCUCCCACCAAAGCUUUUGCUACCAAAUCAAAAAUGUCCUUGCCCCACUCACUUUCCAUGCCUGAGCUUGGAUUUACUUCUUCCCCUUCCCCUGCUUCCAUGCACAUUUCUCAGUUUCCCAGUCACCACCACUGCAGCACCCAAUUGGGUACUUCAAGACCCAGAAUUCAAGAGCACAGGUUUCAGCUUAUUCUUAGCCAGCAUGGCUCUCAGGGCAAUGGUCAUAAUCUCUGUGAAUUGAAAUUGGGGUCUCAGAAUUCUCAGCUCCUUGGUCAUGGAUAUAGUGUGCAGUUGGGUACAAUCAGACCCAGAAGCCAAAAACAUAGAAAACUCUCUUUUGGGCAUGGUAGAACCUCAUUUCUCAGUGAUUACAAGCUCAGUGGAUUGAAUUUAGGGUUUUAUAAGACCAGAGACCUGGACACUCUGAGACCCAAAGUUCCCAAAAGCAAAUUGAUUCAAGGGUGUCAUUUGGGAGGUUCAAAUUUCAGUAAAUGCAGACAUGGUAGUGUGCAAUUAGGGUUGUCUGAGGUGAAUUCCAGGAAUUUGAACUUUGUGAUGAGGUCAAGUUCAACAUUGAGUGUAGAUAAAGUGGUGGAGAGAGAGGGAGGUGGUGGUAAGAGCUACUAUGACGCCAUUGUUAUAGGGUCAGGAAUUGGAGGGUUGGUUGCAGCUACCCAGUUGGCUGUGAAGGGUGCCAGGGUUUUAGUGUUAGAGAAGUAUGUGAUUCCUGGUGGGAGCUCUGGGUAUUAUGAGAGAGAUGGUUAUACUUUUGAUGUUGGAUCUUCUGUGAUGUUCGGUUUCAGCGAUAAGGGCAAUCUAAAUUUGAUAACCCAAGCAUUGGCAGCAGUGGGUUGUGAGAUGCAGGUGAUACCUGAUCCGACUACUGUCCAUUAUCAUCUCCCCAAUAAUCUUUCUGUCCUAGUGCACAGAGAAUACAGUGAAUUUAUCACAGAACUUACUGGUAAAUUUCCCCAUGAAAAGGAAGGGAUUCUCAAAUUCUAUGGUGAAUGUUGGAAGAUUUUCAAUGCCUUGAACUCAUUGGAACUGAAGUCACUUGAGGAGCCAAUCUACCUUUUUGGACAGUUCUUUCAGAAGCCUCUUGAAUGCUUGACACUUGCCUACUAUUUGCCUCAAAAUGCUGGGGACAUAGCUCGUAAAUACAUUCAGGAUCCCCAGCUGUUGUCUUUCAUAGAUGCGGAGUGUUUUAUUGUGAGUACAGUCAAGGCUUUGCAGACACCAAUGAUCAAUGCAAGCAUGGUAAUGUGUGACAGGCAUUAUGGUGGGAUUAACUACCCUGUUGGUGGUGUUGGCGGAAUUGCAAAGUCCUUAGCAAAAGGUCUAGUAGACCAGGGCAGUGAGAUACUUUACAAGGCCAAUGUUACUAGCAUCAUAGUUGAUCAGGGCAGAGCUGUUGGAGUAAGGCUUUCAGAUGGGAGGGAAUUCUUUGCCAAAACCAUAAUAUCAAAUGCUACUAGAUGGAAUACCUUUGGAACACUGCUAAAAGGAGACGAUGUUCCAAAAGAAGAGGAAAAUUUUCAGAAAGUUUAUGUUAAGGCCCCAUCUUUUCUUUCCAUUCACAUGGGGGUGAAAGCUGAAGUUCUGCCACCAGAUACGGAUUGCCACCAUUUUGUGCUUGAGGAUGAUUGGACAAGGUUAGAAGAGCCUUAUGGAAGUAUCUUUUUAAGCAUUCCAACUGUCCUUGACCCAUCGUUGGCUCCAGAAGGACGCCACAUACUUCACAUAUUUACAACCUCUUCCAUAGAGGACUGGGAGGGACUCUCUCGAAAGGACUACGAAGCAAAGAAAGAGAUUGUAGCAGAUGAAAUCAUUGGCAGAUUAGAGGAUAAACUAUUUCCAGGGCUAAAAUCAUCCAUCGUUUUUAAGGAGGUGGGAACACCAAAGACACACAGGCGGUACCUGGCUCGUGACAAGGGUACUUAUGGACCAAUACCACGUAGAACUCCUAAGGGCUUAUUGGGAAUGCCAUUCAAUACAACAGCCAUAGAGGGUCUUUACUGUGUUGGUGAUAGCUGCUUUCCGGGACAAGGAGUUAUAGCUGUAUCCUUCUCAGGAGUAAUGUGUGCUCAUCGAGUAGCUGCUGAUAUAGGGCUUGAGAAGAAGUCCCCAGUAUUGGAUGCUGCCCUCCUUCGACUUCUUGGAUGGUUAAGGACAUUAGCAUGAGAUUUCAUACAGGAAAAUAUGAAAAGCAACUUGACAAUUUGGCUGGAGAAGCAUUAUCUUCCUAAUUACAUAGCACGGUAGCAGUGACAGACGGCAGGUUGGAGUACGUUGAUAGACACCGAGUAGGUACUUAUGGCUCUAGCCAUUUUAUCAAAUUUGGCUCCGUUGAAUUGCCUUCUGUAGUUUUUAUUUCAUAGGAUAAAGUUUAUACAUGAGCUCUAGAGAAAUGUACAGUGGUCUCCAUGCUGUAUAAAGUACAACCUUUUCCU